UGUUUACGGAAGUUCUUAUAAUGCAUUCAUAGCUCAGCUCAGCUCAUGUAAAGAAGAGGCUGAAGGGAAAGCAUGACGAGUGUUCACUGAAGCAUAAUGUUUGUUCCUCUCCAUUCCAUUACCAUACCAUACCCCCUCUCCUGUUUUUAUUCUUUUUGCCUUAUUAUACUACUUUGUCACCCUACAGAUUCUUGUAAUUCCUUUAUUUUUUCAUUGUCAUUCUCCUAUACUAUUCUCUAUUCUUAUACCGUUUGUGUCAUUCUGUUCCACCUUGUCUCACGAGUCAGGAAUCAUCCUCAAAAAUGCCCACCUCAAAUACAAUAUACCUUCCUGUCUGGAUUUUAUUCAUCAAGACAGCGUUGCUAACUGCCACUUUGCUUCUUCGUUUCUUUGACCGAAAGAAUCCUUUGGAACUGGGUUGUGGGUUUCCUACUGCGAUUGUAUGUCUGCCAUGUCAGUUAGCCUGGGGAUAGAUCAUACAAUUCCAAUAUUGG